CCUACUUUCCCUUUCUUUCCCUCCUCUAGAACACUAGCUCGACCAUCUCUCCCUCCACCGUCUUUCCUCAUAUAAUCUCGCACAAUCAAAUGCCUCAGCUCGUGGAGCAUUCUCAUCAUACCACAAAGCGGCAAUGACGCAAACCAAUUCGCCUCUCAAAGGGUGCAUCAUCGCUAUAACUGGUCAUACGGGCAGUCGCACCCAUGCUCAAAUCGCCGCGGAGAUCACCAAGGAAGCCGGCGGCAAGUUUACGUCGUCCAUCACUCGUCGAAAUACUCACCUGGUCACGACCAAGUGCGAGUUUGACAGAAGGACCUCGAAGGUCAGGCAAGCUAUUCAGCUUAAAAUCCCUCUGGUCGACCUUGACUGGCUGGAUGAUAGUAUUCAAGCUGGACGACAGGUGGACCAUCAAAGGUACCUGUACAGCGUCACGGAAUCAACGGCAUUCUCCCCCAAGCCAAGCGAUUCCUUCACUUCUGCUCUCGGUCUGAAAAGGUCGGCUAGCUCUUUUUCUGAGUCUCCCGAAGAAAAAAGAUUCAAACCCUUCAACGACGAUGGUGACAAUAUCGACGAGAAUAUCACUGAUGAGCAGACUGCUGGAUCCCAUGAUCAAAUAAUUCCACUGGAUGACGGGUGUCCUUUCGUUGGGUAUGUCGUUUAUAUCAACGACAGCAAGACUGUCUUCGAUGCGACCCUGAACCUCACCCGUAGCGAUUUGAACUGCAACAAAUUCUACCGCAUGCAGGUGGUGUGGAAGGAGGACGAUUUCAGGGUGUGUUUUCGAUGGGGUCGGCAGGGUGAAACCGGGCAGACUCAAGCCGCCGGAAAUGGAAGUCGUGCAGACGCUAUUCAACGCUUCCAGACCAAAUUCAGAGAGAAGACUGGCCUCCGAUGGAAUGAACGCCACGAGUCGUCGAUCAACAACAAGUACGUGUUCUGUCAGAUGGAAUACAAGUCCUCAACCAAGGAAGCGGAUGACGAUGAAAGGGAUGUCGACAGGAAGAGCCUGAGUCCCAUGUCGCCCCAAAAAGUUGAAAGAGCUUUGGAGAUCAAACUCGAGAAGCACACGGACGUCGUUCUGAAGCUGAUUUUCAACGCUGAGAUACUCGCCACGGUGGUGAAAGAUCUCCAGUACGAUUCUAAGGCGUUGCCCCUGGACAACCUGAGCAAAAAAAUCAUGCUCCAGGGAUACGAGCAGCUGAGAGGUCUGAAUGAACUGAUCCAAAAGCGACAAGAUGAUCCCAAGUUCGCCAAGAACAUAUAUGGAACGACGUUCAAUGAGGCGGUCAAGAUGCUCACCGACCGAUAUUUCACCCUCAUCCCUCACAGUUUCGGGCGCAGCAAACCCCCAGUCAUCAGUACCAUGGUCCAAUUGAAGGGCGAAGUGAGGCUCAUGGAGAGUCUCGAAGGCAUGGCCGACACCGUAAGGAUAAUGGCUAGCGGAGACGAGGACGACAGGAGCGUGGGACGGAUGCAACAGUUGUACAACGAACUGAAUCUGGAGGAAAUGUCACUUGUCCCCGAGGAUGAUGAUCCCGAGUCAGAAUAUGACGCACUUCGACAGUACCUCGUGGCUACCUCGGAUAGCGUUCAUCGUGUCUCUUUCAACAUCGAAUCAAUCUUCCGCGUCUCCCGUAUCGGCGAAAAAGAACGGUUUGGUAAGUUCUGCAAAACGAUGAAGACCUCCGAUCGACGUCUCCUUUGGCAUGGCUCCCGCUGCACCAACUUUGCUGGAAUUCUUCGCCAAGGCCUUCGAAUCGCACCGCCUGAAGCUCCAGUCAACGGAUACAUGUUUGGAAAGGGGGUGUACUUGGCCGACAUGUCUUCGAAGUCGGGAAAUUACUGCCAUGCCCAACUCGCGCGGGGCAACAUGCUGUUGCUCCUUUGCGAAGUGGAACUCGGCAAGAUGAGAGAGCGUACCGUUCAUGAUUACGAUGCCGCUGAGGUCGCAAAAUCGAACAGAUGCCAGUCGACCUGGGGCCAAGGCAGGAAAGGCCCAAGCAAAUGGAAAGACGCCGGGGGCGUGUGGGACGAGCUCAAAGGAGUCAAGAUGCCUGAUACAUCGGAACCGCCUGGGGACACGGAUGUUCCGAAAUCGGAUCUCCACUUCAAUGAGUACGUCUGCUAUGAUGCUGCGCAGGUCCGGGUACGGUACCUCCUGCAUGUGAAGGAGACCCGUCGAGGUUAUUAUUGA